AUGUUGCAAAAACCCAACAAUGAAGCCCCCUACACCCUCUGCCCAUCUUCCAGCUCCUACACCCUCUCCCCAUCUUCCAGCCCCCUACACCCUCUCCCCAUCUUCCAGCCUCCUACACCCUCUCCCCAUCUUCCACCAUCUUACACCCUCUGCCCAUCUUCCAGCCCCCUACGCCCUCUCCCCAUCUUCCAGCCCCCUACACCCUCUGCCCAUCUUCCAGCCCCCUACACCCUCUCCCCAUCUUCCAGCCUCCUACACCCUCUCCCCAUCUUCCACCAUCUUACACCCUCUGCCCAUCUUCCAGCCCCCUACACCCUCUCCCCAUCUUCCAGCCUCCUACAUCCUCUCCCCAUCUUCCAGCCCCCUACACCCUCUCCCCAUCUUCCAGCCCCCUACACCCUCUCCCCAUCUUCCAGCCUCCUACACCCUCUGCCCAUCUUCCAGCCCCAACACCCUCUGCCCAUCUUCCAGCCCCCUACACCCUCUCCCCAUCUUCCAGCCCCCUACACCCUCUCCCCAUCUUCCAGCCUCCUACACCCUCUGCCCAUCUUCCAGCCUCCUACACCCUCUGCCCAUCUUCCAGCCUCCUACACCCUCUCCCCAUCUUCCAGCCCCCUACACCCUCUCCCCAUCUUCCAGCCUCCUACACCCUCUCCCCAUCUUCCACCAUCUUACACCCUCUCCCCAUCUUCCAGCCUCCUACACCCUCUCCCCAUCUUCCAGCCCCCUACACCCUCUCCCCAUCUUCCAGCCCCCUACACCCUCUCCCCAUCUUACAGCCCCCUACACCCUCUCCCCAUCUUCCAGCCCCAACACCCUCUCCCCAUCUUACAGCCCCCUACAUCCUCUCCCUAUCUUCCAGCCUCCUACACCCUCUGCCCAUCUUCCAGCCCCAACACCCUCUCCCCAUCUUACAGCCCCCUACACCCUCUCCCCAUCUUCCAGCCCCUACACCCUCUGCCCAUCUUCCAGCCCCUACACCCUCUCUCCAUCUUCCAGCCCCUACACCCUCUCCCCAUCUUCCAGCCCCUACACCCUCUCCCCAUCUUCCAGCCUCCUACACCCUCUGCCCAUCUUCCAGCCCCCUACACCCUCUGCCCAUCUUCCAGCCCCUACACCCUCUCCCCAUCUUCCAGCCCCUACACCCUCUGCCCAUCUUCCAGCCCCUACACCCUCUGCCCAUCUUCCAGCCCCUACACCCUCUGCCCAUCUUCCAGCCCCUACACCCUCUCCCCAUCUUCCAGCCCCCUACACCCUCUCCCCAUCUUCCAGCCUCCUACACCCUCUGCCCAUCUUCCAGCCCCCUACACCCUCUGCCCAUCUUCCAGCCCCUACACCCUCUCCCCAUCUUCCAGCCCCCUACACCCUCUCCCCAUCUUCCAGCCCCUACACCCUCUCCCCAUCUUCCAGCCCCCUACACCCUCUCCAUAUCUUCCAGCCCCUACACCCUCUCCCCAUCUUCCAGCCCCCUACACCCUCUCCCCAUCUUCCAGUCCCCUACACCCUCUGCCCAUCUUCCAGCCCCCUACACCCUCUCCCCAUCUUCCAGCCCCCUACACCCUCUCCCCAUCUUCCAGCCCCUACACCCUCUGCCCAUCUUUCACCCCCCUACACCCUCUCCCCAUCUUUCACCCCCCUACACCCUCUGCCCAUCUUCCAGCCCCCUACACCCUCUGCCCAUCUUCCAGCCCCUACACCCUCUCCCCAUCUUCCAGCCUCCUACACCCUCUGCCAAUCUUUCACCCCCUACACCCUCUCCCCAUCUUUCACCCCCCUACACCCUCUCCCCAUCUUCCAGCCUCCUACACUCUCUGCCCAUCUUCCAGCCCCCUACACCCUCUGCCCAUCUUCCAGCCCCUACACCCUCUCCCCAUCUUCCAGCCCCCUACACCCUCUCCCCAUCUUCCCUACACCCUCUGCCCAUCUUCCAGCCCCCUACACCCUCUCCCCAUCUUCCAGCCCCCUACACCCUCUCCCCAUCUUCCAGCCCCUACACCCUCUGCCCAUCUUUCACCCCCCUACACCCUCUCCCCAUCUUUCACCCCCCUACACCCUCUGCCCAUCUUCCAGCCCCCUACACCCUCUCCCCAUCUUCCAGCCUCCUACACCCUCUCCCCAUCUUCCAGCCCCCUACACCCUCUGCCCAUCUUCCAGCCCCCUACACCCUCUCCCCAUCUUCCCUACACCCUCUGCCCAUCUUCCAGCCCCCUACACCCUCUCCCCAUCUUCCAGCCCCCUACACCCUCUCCCCAUCUUCCAGCCCCUACACCCUCUGCCCAUCUUUCACCCCCCUACACCCUCUCCCCAUCUUUCACCCCCCUACACCCUCUGCCCAUCUUCCAGCCCCCUAAACCCUCUCCCCAUCUUCCAGCCUCCUACACCCUCUCCCCAUCUUCCAGCCCCCUACACCCUCUGCCCAUCUUCCAGCCCCUACACCCUCUCCCCAUCUUCCAGCCUCCUACACCCUCUCACCAUCUUCCAGCCUCCUACACCCUCUGCCCAUCUUCAAGCCUCCUACACCCUCUCCCCAUCUUCCAGCCUCCUACAUCCUCUCCCCAUCUUCCAGCCCCUACACCCUCUCCCCAUCUUCCAGCCCCCUACACCCUCUGCCCAUCUUCCAGCCCCUACACCCUCUCCCCAUCUUCCAGCCCCCUACACCCUCUCCCCAUCUUCCAGCCCCUACACCCUCUCCCCAUCUUCCAGCCCCCUACACCCUCUCCCCAUCUUCCAGUCCCCUACACCCUCUGCCCAUCUUCCAGCCCCCUACACCCUCUCCCCAUCUUCCAGCCCCCUACACCCUCUCCCCAUCUUCCAGCCCCUACACCCUCUGCCCAUCUUCCAGCCCCCUACACCCUCUCCCCAUCUUUCACCCCCCUACACCCUCUGCCCAUCUUCCAGCCCCCUACACCCUCUGCCCAUCUUCCAGCCCCUACACCCUCUCCCCAUCUUCCAGCCUCCUACACCCUCUGCCCAUCUUUCACCCCCCUACACCCUCUCCCCAUCUUUCACCCCCCUACACCCUCUCCCCAUCUUCCAGCCUCCUACACCCUCUCCCCAUCUUCCAGCCCCCUACACCCUCUGCCCAUCUUCCAGCCCCCUACACCCUCUCCCCAUCUUCCCUACACCCUCUGCCCAUCUUCCAGCCCCCUACACCCUCUCCCCAUCUUCCAGCCCCCUACACCCUCUGCCCAUCUUCCCUACACCCUCUGCCCAUCUUCCAGCCCCCUACACCCUCUCCCCAUCUUCCAGCCCCCUACACCCUCUCCCCAUCUUCCAGCCUCCUACACCCUCUCCCCAUCUUCCCUACACCCUCUGCCCAUCUUCCAGCCCCCUACACCCUCUCCCCAUCUUCCAGCCCCCUACACCCUCUCCCCAUCUUCCAGCCCCUACACCCUCUGCCCAUCUUUCACCCCCCUACACCCUCUCCCCAUCUUUCACCCCCCUACACCCUCUGCCCAUCUUCCAGCCCCCUACACCCUCUCCCCAUCUUCCAGCCUCCUACACCCUCUCCCCAUCUUCCAGCCUCCUACAUCCUCUCCCCAUCUUCCAGCCCCUACACCCUCUCCCCAUCUUCCAGCCUCCUACACCCUCUCCCCAUCUUCCAGCCUCCUACACCCUCUCCCCAUCUUCCAGCCUCCUACAUCCUCUCCCCAUCUUCCAGCCCCCUACACCCUCUCUCCAUCUUCCAGCCCCCUACACCCUCUCCCCAUCUUCAAGCCUCCUACACCCUCUGCCCAUCUUCCACCAUCUUACAUCCUCUCCCUAUCUUCCACACUGAACCACUCAAACCACCUUCCUGACACCAAUCAAACCACCAUCCUGACACCACUCAAACCACCUUCCUGA